UUAAAUGCAGGGGCAUGGAACAGUUGACUGUUUCUUUACCGUAAUUAUGAGGUUAUUUGACCGUUUUUGCAUUUAAUGACGAAAUGCUACUCGCACGUUCAGUUAGAACUAUCCAACUCAAACUAACGAGGCCUGGCUGUCUUCUCGCCCAUAACAGCUAUCAUACGUUAGCUAUUGUUACUAGCAUAACGUAGCUCUCUCGCUAGGUGGGCUAAUCCUCCUGUUUUGAGUGAUAAGAACAGAGCAGCUCAGCAGGAGGGAUGAGCCAUUCCCCUGUGAGUGGCCAAGAUGUCCCCGAGGCAACCAACGGGGUGGACUCUCCAACCUCCCCUGAGAUUUCUGACAGGCCUAUGCCACACACUCUGAAGUGUGAUGGCAGGACCACGUUACAAGAAGAUGGUCUAGAGGAGGAGACACAGACUACAACAGAGACUAAUGUGGAUGCAGACCACAUAUCUAAUAACUCAGCCGCACAUUCAAAUUCAAACCUGUCACACACUGAAACUCCCGAAACGCACUCCACGUCGCUAACAGACACACACUCACACACACCAAACAGGCAUGCAGAAUCUCCGCCCAAACAUGAACCUCACACAGGUGAAGAAGACCACAAUGAUUCGGUAUUCACUCACAUAUAUGUCACAGAUCUCAUAGACACAGCAACCAAAGACCGACCACACACAGAAACACACAGCACAGACAGACAACAGCACGACAACGCACACACAUACAGUGAAGCCCCAGAUGAUGAUGGAGUGAGAGAAGAGGAGGAGAAUGAUAGAACAGAGAGAAAUGAUGGAGAGCAGGGAGAAGACGAGAAGGCAGAGCCUACGGAACCAUCAUCAUCAUCAUCAUCAUCAUCUCGAAACCCUCCUUCUCGUCUCAGCACAUCGGCCCCUGCCAGCGGGACCGCCCCCUCCCUAGCGGAGACCGCGGCGGACUCGGACGAAGUGCCUCGGCCCAUGCACGUGAUGGCGGAGGUGCGCGUGCGCGGCAUGCCGGACCGCGUGGUGCGGGGCAUGCAGGACAGCAAGAGCCUGGACGAGCUGAGCGGGGCGUGCGGUGGCGGAGGCCCGCGGGGAGGUGCCCGGGGCGGUCAGGCAGAGGGCGGCCGCAGGGCCACCAUCUCCAGCGCCCUGGAGCUAGAGGGCACCGUGAGCCAUGAGGGAGACCUCACCAACUUCAUCUGCAGGAACCUGGAGCAGAAGAUCAAGAUGAGCUCGCGGCCCAGCCUCGAUUGUGACUCGGACUCUAGCUCGGGUUCAGUCCGCGGCCGGGGGUCGAUGCGGCGGCCAGCAGACAUCCCCCCGAUUGACCCGUCCGUCUUGUUGGACCUGCAGAGACACACGCAGGACGUGGCGCAGAGUGUAGAGCUCAUGAUGCGCAGCCUCAACGGAACCAUCCAGAACAUGACAGCCUUGAGUGUCGGCUACAUCCAGACGUACAGAGACUCUGUGGAUAGCCUCGGAGAGUCUGUGGACAUGAGCAUAAAGGGAAUGUACACGUUGAUGGCACGUUGUGAGGAGCUGGACCGCUCCAUGCAGCCCAUCCACACGCUUGCUGCUCAGAUCCGAGAUAUCAAGCGCACUCUGGAUGCCCUGGAGGCCGUCUUCAAGUAACCACUCCACCCCCCCCCUCAGAUGUGCUGCUGCUGCUGCUGCCGCUGCUACUGAAAGUAACCACAAGCGCCCCCAUCCCCUCAACACCACCACCACCCUCCAAGAGAUGUGCUGCAAAUAACCACACCCGAAGGGUGGUGUCGCUGUGCCAAUAUGCCCCCCACUCCCUUCCCUCUAUUCGCCCUGCAGACGCUCUUUAAUGCAAUCAUCUGUGUACAGACUCUUAGCUGAUAACCGUGUUACCAAAUUUUUCGCUACUGAUCAAGCCUCUCAGAGAUGCUCUGCAGAACAACCCUUCCCCCUCCCCUUUCCUCUCCCCUUUCCUGGACCCUGGGAGUACAAUAGAACGGGCGUCAUCUCAAGUGGCAGCCUUACUCUCUCUCUCUCGCGCUCUCUCACUCUCAUCUGUGACUUCAUACAGAGGAGAAGAACGCCCCCAAUCUCCUCCACCAUACCGUCCAACACAGUACCUACCUUUGGUGGCGUGGUGUUGUCCCCUCUUCUGCGUUGAAGGCUUCAGGCCAUGUGCCAUGUGUCCUUGAGUGUAUGUGGUGUCGACUGUAGAGAUGGAUGGACCCUGACGUCUGGGACAUGGUUGUGGUGACUGAUUGACCUGCGGGGUCAGAUGAGACUUUAGCAAGAGUACAAUACACAGGGAUGCACAAGCCACCCUGGUGUCUGUUGCCCUGGAAACGAGUCAGGUACGCUGUUAAGAAGUGUGUGUGCCCACACAUAAGUUAUGAAUUUAUGCCACAAUGCAUUAUGUUACUAUCUAUCCAUGUGAAAGACUUAAUCUACACUUACACACACCUGAGAAAUUGUUGGUUUUGUUUUUUUUCAAUACUAACUUAUGUGGAGGCUACAUUGAGUGUGUGUAUGUGUGUGUGUGUGUGUGUGUGUGUGGGCUACAUUGUGUGUGUGUGUGUGUGUGUGGGGGAAACAUUGUGUGUGUGUGUGUGUGUGUGUGUGUGUGUGUGUGUGUGUGUGGGUGUGGGAAGCAUGUUUCCUGACUAGCCAUGCCAGAGUUCACUGCAUGGAUCCUCUCCCCUCUGGCCACUGUACGUAGAGUGGCAAUGGACUGAAGCAGGGGAUUUUGGGUAUUGGAGUUUUUAGAGGGGAUGCUUUUUUGAUGGAAAGGGGUUUAGGAGGAGGGCUGUUUUCGUUGCUCUGCUCUUGUUGUCUGUUGCUCGAUCCAAUCAGAAGUAACCUUUGUAGAUACUGUCUCAAUGUCACUAAAACAAUGAUUUAGCCAAUGUCAUGUGUGUAUAUUUAAAAAAGAGGAUAUAACAAUAAAUUUACAAGAAUGAUGCAUAAAAA